AUGUUGUGCCGUCAUAAGGAAGUGAACCGAACUAUUACUAACAAGAUAAGUUACUGCAGAGAUAAACCCGAUACUCAGGCCCAGAGCAAUGAGCAACCACAGCAGGUCGUCGCCUUCAGCCAACCACAGCAGGUCGUCGCCUUUAGCCAACCACAGCAGGGCGUCGCAUUCAGCCAACCACAGCAGAUCGUCUCCUUCAGCCAAUCACAGCAGGUCCUUCCCUUCAGCCAACCACAGCAGGUCGUCUCCUUCAGCCAACCACAGCAGGUCGUCGCCUUCAGCCAACCACAGCAGGUCGUCUCUUCAGCCAACCACAGCAGGUCGUCGCCCAGCCAACCACAGCAAGUCGUCGCCUUCAGCCAACCACAGCAGGUCGUCGCCUUUCAGCCAACCACAGCAGGUCGUCGCCGCCAACCACAGCAGGUCGUCGCCUUCAGCCAACCACAGCAGGUCGUCGCCUUCAGCCAACCACAGCAGGUCGUCGCCUUCAGCCAACCACAGCAGGUCGUCGCCUUCAGCCAACCACAGCAGGGCUAA